AGGACCGCGCGGAUGCCGACUGGGCCACUCCACUGUGCCUAACCCUGCUGCGGCCUCCUGAGUCAUCAGCCCCGCCCUAAGCAGCCGGACGCAGCCGGAGGCCCCGGAGCAGCAGAUACCAGCGGACCGGCGGACGUGUGAGCAAGGCGGAAUCUGGAAUCACAGCCAUGUUCCUGGUUAACUCGUUCUUGAAGGGUGGCGGCGGCGGCGGGGGAGGCGGGGGCCUGGGCGGGGGCCUGGGGAAUGUGCUUGGAGGCCUGAUCAGCGGGGCCGGAGGAGGCGGCGGAGGAGGUGGAGGCGGCGGCGGCGGCGGUGGUGGUGGUGGCGGAACUGCCAUGCGCAUCCUGGGCGGGGUCAUUAGCGCCAUCAGUGAGGCGGCUGCGCAGUACAACCCAGAGCCCCCGCCCCCUCGCACCCAUUACUCCAACAUCGAAGCCAAUGAGAGCGAGGAGGUCCGCCAGUUCCGGAGGCUCUUUGCCCAGCUGGCUGGAGACGACAUGGAGGUCAGUGCCACAGAACUCAUGAAUAUUCUCAACAAAGUCGUGACCAGACAUCCUGAUCUGAAGACUGAUGGUUUUGGCAUCGACACGUGUCGCAGCAUGGUGGCCGUGAUGGAUAGUGACACGACUGGCAAGCUGGGUUUCGAGGAAUUCAAGUACUUGUGGAACAACAUCAAAAAGUGGCAGUCCGUAUACAAACAGUUUGACUUUGACCGUUCAGGGACCAUUGGCAGCAGUGAACUCCCAGGAGCCUUUGAGGCAGCAGGGUUCCACCUGAAUGAGCAUCUCUACAAUAUGAUCAUCCGACGCUACUCGGACGAGGCAGGGAACAUGGAUUUUGACAAUUUCAUCAGCUGCCUGGUCAGACUGGAUGCCAUGUUCCGUGCCUUCAAAUCUCUUGACAAAGAUGGUACUGGACAAAUCCAGGUGAACAUCCAGGAGUGGCUGCAGCUGACCAUGUAUUCCUGAAGGGGAGCCCCAGACCUGCCCCCUCAUCGCCUCGCUGUAGGAGUCAGCUUGGACUCUUCAGUCUCUCCCAGGGCUGAUCCUGUCUGCAGUCACAUCUUCUCGGGUCCCGCUGACCCACAGGCCUUUCCGUUCUCCCAGCCCUCAAUACCCGGCUCUCAGUCAAAAGCCAGAGCCCAACGUGCCCCAACAUGCCCUGCCCCGAGGGUUACCCCAGCCCCGGCACACCCAUCUCACACCCACUCCGUAACCCCUCUCUUGCACCUGUGCCAAGCCCAGUACUUGUGUUGCUUCCACACCCCAAGGGCCCUUCUCUCAGUUCUGAGAGUAUCACUCCAGUCGCUACGCCCAGUUACCACCUAGGCAGCAGAACUCCAGGCCAUUAACAGGCCCACAUGCCCCAGUGCCUUUGUCUGUAUUCUGCUCCCAGCCUGCCAGGCCCAGGAGGAAAUAAACGCACCCCAGUUGCUGUUCUCUCUGA